UUCAGUACUCAGUAGGCAGUACUGUGGCUCCUUUCAUUGAAAUUGGGCGGUGUAUUUAAACUUAUAUCUUGUUAUCUUUUACCCUAAGGGCCCAUUGAAGAGUAUUAAAGGCACGCAAACUCUCCCAGUUUUGUUCAUUGCCUUACUCAACUAGUACAAAAAAUUCAAUAGCUCUCAAUCAUAGCAAGACAGGUAUUAAGUUGUUCUAGUCUGGUUCAGGGCUUUGUUCUCCUUCAGACUCUUGCUCCAUCAACACCUUUGCAUUCCCUUCUUCUUUAGCAUUUAUGGAUUUGAAGUACAUAAAGCAAUCUUUCAGGAAGAAAAGAUCAAUUAGAGAAAAAAGAUUGACGGAAGCCAAUGAGAGAGGUGAGAAGAGUUUUAAGAAAGGAAAAGCCUAUAGGCACCCCACUUAUCGUGGUGUGAGGAUGCGAAGCUGGGGGAAAUGGGUGUCUGAAAUACGCGAGCCAAGGAAGAAAUCAAGAAUUUGGCUUGGAACAUUCCCUACAGCAGAAAUGGCAGCUCGAGCCCAUGAUGUGGCCUCGAUGGCAAUAAAAGGUAACUCGGCUUACUUGAAUUUUCCUGAGUCAGCUCAUGAACUUCCUCGCCCUGCCAGUUCUGCCCGUAGGGACAUUCAAGAAGCUGCUAAUAAGGCAGCCUAUGCCAUGUUUGACCAGCACAAUGCCAUGAUUGAAGUCAAGACGGUGCCAAGUCAGGAUGAGAUGCCCGCUCCUCAGUCCCCAAGUUCCACCACAAUGUCAUGCGAAACCCAGGGGUCCCCGUCUUCUCAAUCAGUGGACAGUGACAGUAUGUGGUUUGACCUUCCUGACCUCUCCCUGGAAGCAAAUUCGAGUCAUCGAUUCGGUUACACUUCUUGGUGGCAACAAGCUGGAAUUGACACUGAAUUCAAAUUUGAGGAAACAAUGGGCUGGGAUAAAUAGCUGAUAGUCCUCUGGAGAAAUCAUUCGGGGUUGAAAUUGUGAUAUCUUGCCCGUGGUUUGUUUCAGGAAUUGGGGCUAUGGAUAUCUUCCUUGGCUAACUUUAUUUCCUGUAUAAAGAGUAAAGACCGUAAUCUAUACCCCUGAAACAAACGUGUAUCAUUCUGUGUAUUAAUGGAAUAUAGAAUGUAAUCUGAAGAUUUCAUUUUU